UAUCAAACCCACAAAAAUGGCAGCACGCGUGCUUACUGUUGCCAGUGGGAUCUCAAAUAAGUAUUUGGUACCCACUAGCUGGUGCCGUAUGCUAGCUGCUCAUUAUGCAAAAAAAGUUGGUGGCCCUGGAGCGAAAAUGGGUCAGCCAGUUAAAAAAGUGAAAUUGGAAGUUGAAACUGACCCCAAAAGACUUGUUCGGUAUUGCUGUGGAGCCAAUAUCUACAUAACUGGUUCAGAUCCAGAGCUCAAGCCUGACUCAGAAUAUCCUGAAUGGCUGUGGACAUUGAGGUUAGACCGCCGUCCCCCAGAUCUAAGUGAGCUUGAUCCGGAGGACUAUCCAUACUGGAGACGAUUGCGCAAAUUGACUUUGAGACGCAAAAACCAAUUGCGAAAGGUGGAUAAAAUUAAAUGACACAUAUCUUUUUUGCUUUGUAUGCUUGAAAAAAAAUGAAUGCCUGCUUUACAAUAAGUAAAAUACUUUUAUGAAAA